CAUUCAUUCACUCACUCACGCCCUUCUAGAUGAUCUGCGAUUGGAGGCUUAUGCUCUCAUCGACCUCACGCAUAGCUCAUUGAGGUCCUCUACGACACAUCAGAGCCAAUUUUGGAGGAACUGGACUGGCUCUCUCUCUCUCUCUCUUUGUACUGGAUACGCGUGCCAAUUGUUCUCCUUCCAAUCAUGAACGGCAUAUAACGACUGUGCGUGGACGAAAGGACGAAUUCGAAUAUAUCCCCCUCCCACUGAGCCUAACCUUCUCCUGUGACCUUUUGCGAGAUGUUCUCCGCCUCUCCGAUUCAAUCUCAUGCGUCCAAACCAGGGUCCCGUAGUGGCAGACCUGCCUCACCUGAAGAUGCCAGUCAAGUCAGGUCCCAAGCUGUUGCCAAGCUGAAACGAGCUGCUUCAUUGCCGAGAAAAUCAGAUGGAAGGAGACCUGAUCGUUUGCCUCUGAACAGCGGUCAAGAGGCUGGAGAAAGGUGUGCAGCGGUCCAGAAUGACGCAUCGACUCUGAAUGACGCAGUGGAACACGUCUGGUCGGAAACACAUCCAUCAUCCCUUGAAAAUGAUCCUCCUGACGAUCAGGAAGUUCUGUCGCCUUCGCCAGUCGCUCAGUAUUUCAGUCACGCAGAUAUGUACGGCGGAAAUUACUCGACUCCUGGUUUACAAAGGUCAGGUUCAUCCUCGUCCUCUUACCAUAUUCCGACACCACCGCAAAUGACCUUUGGUCAAAUGGGUACAGGUUACCACGCCGCCACACCUUCAUCUUCUACAAUGCCACCCGACUGGGCAGCCAUGCAAUUGGCUCAAUCUUACCUUCCAUCUCUCUCCCCUGUUCCCCUUCCUCUCCCCCCUAGCCCCUAUCUCACCGCUGGACUGUCGGAUACAACCCCAGGACCUAGUGUCGGUCGUCAUACCCCGAGCCCACUUCCCACACUUGGUGAUCUGCGAAAUCUUCAACGGUCCAAUUCAGCUGCUGCUCGUGCUCAAGCCAUGUCGAAGCUGACUGGAGGUAGGGACACGCCUUCGGAUGGUGAAGGUCGGGCUCCGACACCUCUUGUUCAGGGUGGAGCUCCCCUACAGAGAGCAGGCACGGUUGGAGCUCCCAGAUUCCUUGGAAUGCCUCAACCUACACCGCAGCCUGCCAUCGCAAGUCCUGUCGAGGUACUACAACCCGACAGCCCGGAGGCUCGUCCAAGGCUAAAAAGGAGCUUUACCGUAUCGUCGUCCAACAUGGGCGAGGAAAGGCGGAGUGCAGUCGGAAGGAGAAUGGUUGAGCGAUUGGCUGAACGCCGGGCAGCGAGAGAAAAGGAGGAGGAACAAGUCAGGAAACUGUGGGAGCAACGAAGAGCAGCUGCCGAGGCCUCACAGUCUACAACGGAUGCCGAGAGCGAGGAGGAUGAUGGUGAUGGCCAGCCUCGGGACGACGAGGAUCUCACUGAGACUCUACCCAUUGUGUCAAGAACAUCGCCUGUACAAGAAGCAGCGGCCAUGUUGGCUCCUCCUGAUGGUGACAACGGUCUGCUUUCGGCUCCCGAUCGGCCCGCCUCACGCGGGACGAUGCGCUCCGCGGAUGAACCUUUUCAAUAUGACUCGCAUCUAUCUCGAAGUCUUUCCACUCGGACAGCAAAAGGGACACCAGCUGUCAUACAGGAACGGACAGCAGCAAUGCAAGAUCAACCUCAUACACCUGACAACGACCCUAUCGGCCGGUUUAAUGGGCUCUUAAACGGGGAGAUGGGGACUGCAACCCCACAGUACACCACUCCUAGACGUGGGCUACCACACGAUUCUACCUCGAUGGACCUGGCUCUAGCUGGGAGUGUCUCACCAGGGGAGUCCAUCAUGUCGCGGGAUGUUUUGGGCUCCAUGAUGUUUAUUAUGGGCCGAGGAUCUACAACUGGACCUGUGGGAGUGAGAUCAAGAAGCGGAGAGAAUUGGCCCAGCGAGGUAGAGGAGAACAGCGGUAGUGAUUGGGGAACUCCAGGUCGCGAGGCGGUCGGCGGUCCCGUGGAUUCACCUCUGCAGCACAGCCCGCUUGGCAAUCGCCUCUCAAAUGGUGUUCCCCCGCAGGUACCCCCCAAGGACAAUCACAGCACAGCGUCCAUCGCUUCAUCGAUCGAGACGAGAGACUCCCAAGUCCCGCCGAAUGCGUCUUCCAUUCGCGACAGCACAAUGUCAUGGGAGGAACUUGGAGGUCCCGAAGAUCGAGCAGUGCCCUUCGAUGUCCUUUACCAUAAAAAGUCGGGAAGCAUGUCUGCGAAGAUCGGACGCAAGAUCGGAACAGCCAUCCGCAAACGAAGCCAGUCGAGAUCGUCAGCAAGCAGCUCCAUGACGGGUGAACCGAUGAGUCCCAAUUCGCUGUCCGUAGUCCAGACCUGUACCCGACGGCGAUCAGAGUCGUCAAUGUCCCCUGGAUCAGCAAGUGCUACAAGGUCAAUGUCACGUGGAUCUCCAAAUAUCGCGGCUAUCGACCCGGUUCGUCAUCAAGCUUCCAUCAGCUCGCUCUCUCCUUCUUUGCCAUCUCAAGCGGACUCGGCCCAUACCAGCCUGCUCCAGCAUCAGCUUGAGAACCCUUCUCAAACCUCAUUCAUGCCUAGAGCAGAUCUCAACGAUCCUCGAAUUUACAACGCCAAGAUGUCACCAUUCCCUGGCAUAGCCAAUUGGGAAGGCAUGUCAACGGACCCGACACCUGAGACGUCGCCUCAGAUCGCGGCAAGAAACGAUCUUCCUGCCACUAGUAGGAAUGAUCGUCCAUCAAUAAGUCACGGGUACCUGGAUUCCAUCGUGUCAGCUUCGACCAGUCCCGAUGUGGGAUCUCGCAGAGAAUCCGAAGAAAGCUAUGGUAAACGCAGCUGGCUGGCCAAAGCAUUUGGACAGCAGAUCUCGCCUCGAAGCUCUGCUAGUGGCAUGUCGAGACAAGGUAGCUCUGCGAUAGAGUCGGGCAGAUCCGAACCCUUGCCCCAAGAAUCGACCAAUCGCUCUGCAUCAAGUUCAUCCGACCCAUCGACAGCUAUGGAUCCCUUUGCUCCACCUCCAGCUCCGAAAAUUGACGUUCGCUCAGUCUCUCUACAACAUCAGCAUCGCUCAGCGUCACCCUCGGUCUCUGUAGUGCCGGAGCUUAGCGAGGAAGGAUCAAGGCUCACGAGAUUUACUCAAGCUACUGCCCGGCCGGGGACUUCGACCCCGCGGAUGGAUGAUACCGAUAUCAAGUCAUCUCAGCACGCACAUGCGGACGACGUGGUGCAGAAAAUGAAGCGACUUGAUGACUUGCUCACUUUGAGCUCUGAUGAUCCUUCGCGACCAGAUCUACUGGACGACCCACCUCGAAAGCUCCUUCUGGCUCAUCAAGUAUUGCAGGUGGUCAAUUCACACACGGUCAAAGAUCGAUUCCUUCUACUGUUCAACGACAUUCUCGUCGUUGCCAAACCGCUUCUCACUCGGAGUCUGACGGCUAACCUCGACAUGGAAUUUGUCGUCAAGUCGGUCGUCCCGCUCAAUCGAGUUCGUAUUUCAGCAUUUGAAGGUUCUCCCUCGAGUUCACCCCAACGUCACUUGCUGGACCACUUUGUUGACCGAUUCGCUGAAGAUCCUUUUCUCGCCGUAAAAAAUCUGGUUAAUGCUUCGGAGGGUCGUGCAAAUACCACAUCUAUCGCCCUGAUUCUCUUCAACACUCCUCACAUUGAUCGAGAGCAACUGGGUAUUUACCUCGCGAAUGACGAGCGGGUUCUCAGAGCUUACCUCCAACACUGCCACAUUUUCAAAACCAGGAUCGAUGUUGCAUUGCGACAUUUCCUCAUGACGCUAAGAUCGCCUCUUGAUUCAGACGCUUUUCAGUUGCUCCUGCGGAAUUUCGCCAAGUAUCACUUUGAUGCCAACCAGACGCUACUGCCGUAUUCUCGGGAACUGGCCAUCGAGCUAGUAUUUGCCAUCAUGGAACUUCACGAUGAUCAUCAUGGCAUUUAUGGCUUUGGGAAACCGGGCACAUGCCUGAAACUUGACGAUUUCGUCAAACGUUUUCGAUCGAAUGAUCCGCACCGUUUGGUUCCUGCUGCCCUGCUGGAAGAUAUCUAUUUCGCGAUCACUCGCAACAUCAUGCCUCAAGCUUUGAAUACUCACGACCAUCUAGAUGCUGGUGUUGAGGUCGAAACGAGUCCGCUCAUCAGCAAACUACCUUUCAAUGUUUGGUCUAAGCCUGUUCGUGUCACGCUGCCGGAUAUCGAUCCCGAUUUCGAGAUUCAUCUCCAUGGUGAUGGACUGGAAUUCGACCCUCCUGUACUUGCCUUUGACCAGAGUGCUGAGGCCAGUUUCGUCUUCAGAGGCAAAGCUCUUGGACAAACAUCGAUCGUCUUCGACCGUCGAGGUCUCAAUGCUAUAUUUUACGCAUCCAUGGAGACAGGCAAGACGAUCACCAUCGAACGAGGCUUCAUGCGGCACACUUUCAAGGUGGAGUUCACAACACCGCCGGGAGAUCGUCGGAAAUACUGCUUCUCUCUUGCCCACUCCGAGACGUUUGCGAGAUGGGCUAAUCAUCUACCGAGACAGGUGGCUCUUGUUAAACAGGCUAGUCUCAGAGUGCCCGUGACUAUUAAAGAGCGGCUUCGGUACGCGGCAGAGAAGAUGGCAUUGGCAGUUCUACAAGAUGCGCUGGCAUUUCAUGAGCCGGCGCCAUCGCAUGAGAAUGGCGCGUCUCCACAGAAACUGAGGAAGAGCCGAUCUGGAUCCGUCAGCCUGGCGUAUGCAUCGCAAGAUACUGGCGAGAAGGAAGCUCAACUGGCAUCGUUUAAGAAUGUCGUCAAGACCUCGGAGACCGUUUUCAGCAAAGCUGCUCCAAUGGAGAGCUCGAAUAGUGGACCUGUCCAGACUGGCAAGGAGCUCGUCCUUCUGUGUCGUCAGAACAGCCUCUUACCCGGGAUUCUAGAGCUCUUGGAACCGGGUUUCGGAGGUCUAGGCACUGACCUCACAAGACAGCCAAUUGGGCUCGAAAGCAGGAGCGGGAGGUCGACGCCGUUAAUUCAUCACGUUCAUAAUGGAUCGAAGAGCGGACGAUCGACGCCUUUGUCGGCUCAGCUGUUUCCUCAAGCCAGUAUCUCGAGAAGCAGGAACAAUACGCCAUUGCCCGAUGUUGAUCGGCAUCGUGGCAUGGCGGGGAUGAUCUGAUGUGGCUCAUGAGAUCGAGCUUGGAGGGAGGUCGGAGGGUGAUUGGUGGGGCAUGUAAAGGAUCGGGUGUUCAGGAGAUGUAGCAUACCCUUUGACGGGAAGUGGAUGUUGCGGAGAGGUCGCCGGAGGAUGGAAUUCAAGGGGCACCACGACUGUAAAUAACGAACGUAAUGAUUAUGAUUGUUUAUACGUGUUAUAACGGAGGGGCUGACGAGCUGUAUAUAUGAAGCUUAGUGGUUCAUGAUCGCAUUGCAUCCAUGCCAUCUGCUAGAGCACUCGGUGGGAUCACUGGAU